AUGUUUGCCGCCCGUCGACUCGCAACCCACGUCCCACGCGCCCGCCCCCAGGCCGCGUUCUUCCACAACACCGCGCCUGCCUUCGUGCAAAAGGGCGACGCGAUCCCCAACCUGGACGUGCUGGUCGAGGACUCUCCCGGCAACAAGGUCAAUUUGGCCAAGGAGAUCAAGGGCAAGGGCGUCAUCAUUGGCACCCCUGCUGCCUUCAGCCCUGCAUGCUCCAGCACCCACGUCCCCGGCUACAUCAACCACCCCAAGCUCAAGGAGGCCGGCCAGGUCUUUGUCAUCUCUGUCAAUGACCCGUUCGUGACUAAGGCAUGGGCCGAUUCCCUCGACCCGUCGGGCAAGAGCGGUGUGCGCUUCCUGGGUGACCCGACCGGCAAGUUCACCGAAGCUCUGGACCUGAGCUUCGACAGCACCUCUAUCUUCGGCAACAACCGCAGCAAGCGGUACGCGCUGCUGGUGGAAAACGGCAAAGUCAAGGAAGCUUUCGUGGAGCCUGACAACACCGGCGUGAAUGUCUCGACUGCCGAGAAAGUGCUCGGUUAA